UGUCAUGCUGAGGAGGGUCCGCUUAGUAAACACACGCAGCAAGAAAAAAACAAGGUUUAGCGUCUGAACCCGAACAGCAUGAUGACCAGAGUUUUGAGCGAAAUGCUUUCCAGCAGCAGUGGACGGGACAAAAUCGUCCGGACAAUCAGCUAUGCGUCGUUGUGCUUGUCCGGACUCGGCUCGGAAGAUCGGUCAUGGGUCAAAAAGUUGGAAAUCGUGAGCACGCAGCUAAAUCAGUUUAGAACAGUCUCGCGGCUCUUCGAUGACUUGGCCAUGCUCAAGUAUAGCAUCAGCUACGGCCUUGGACGUGAGGAAAAAGAUAAAAUACUGAGGAUUUUAGGGAUCAUGUCUAAUAUUGUGGACCAGCUGUAUUACCCUUUGGAACACAUAGCAUGGGCCUCUGAUAACAAGCUGAUAAGUCUGAAAAGUGGCAGUGACUCUUGGUGGUUGGCAAGCACAGUAUGCUGGUGCAUAUCUUUAUACCUGCAGUUGCUGAGGUCCCUUCGACUGUUUUCUAAUGCCCAGAAGGCUCUGAAAAACUGCCAGGGUGACGCCCAAAGGGCAGCGGCUUUGAGAGCAAACCAGCGUAGCUACCUUUUAAUAGCGACGCAGGUGACCCUGGACCUGGGCCACGCCGUACACUGGCUGCCUGAAGGGUUUUUGUGGGGUGGAAAGGUGAGCACUUGGAAGAGGGGAGUUCUCGGCACCCUGAGCUCACUCAUCGGAAUUUACAUGGCUGUGAAACUGCUGAGUAAAAAUAAGCAGUGUGAUUAAAAGAGCCAAUUGGAGAGAUUACGGAGAUCGUGCCUUUUCAUGCAAAUCGAAAUUUCAUUAAUUUAAAUUUAUAUGACUUUCUAUGGAUUGAUAAGACAAUGUAAUAAAAAAUUCCUUCAUUUAUUUGCUUCAGCAGUUGAAAGUGAAAUGUAAAUAUUGUUGCGAAGCAAGCAAUUUCUCCAGCAGUGGCAAAAUUUGCAGACUGAUUUUCUUGUGAAAUGGUUAAUUUGUACAUUCCAAUUUGUUGCCUGUUACCAAUUGUUUCUUGUUGUAUUUUCACUGAAAUAAAUCCGCCCAAGAUGAAAGGGA